AUGACGCCAUUGACUAAUGUGGGCGCCGAGAAGCCGUCAACCCAAAGCCAGCGAGUCAAAGUGUCGAAGAGGUCAGUAGGUUUGCUGUGCCAGAGUGAGAUGCCCGGUCGGAAGUGCAGCUACCCACACAGUGCCGGGAGUAGCCACUGCGCCUGCGCCACCGCCCCUCAUGAUGGCGUCACAGACCGCUUUGCUGACUUUGUCGACGACAGCGCCAUCCGUGGCCAGAGGCCUGUAGCACAGGUCUUGAACCCCAUACUGGGAAACAUACAUUCUCUAGCCUCAGCCACCCACACAUCCUCUGGGGUGGUCUCCUCAUCCUUUGUAUCUGCAAUUGAUGUGACCUCUUCUCUGACCAUGUCAGAUAAGGAAAAAAAAUUUUUUUAAGUUUUUCAAAAUUCCUCAAAUUCUUCUUUACAUGGAAAUGCACAUUCUCUGCAACUCUCUCUUCCUGUGAUGACCAAUACAGCUUCCCUGACAGGAAGUGUCUGCAACUUCUCCAGAACCUCUGUUCCAGCUGCCACUUCAGCAUGGUUACUGCCCUCAACCUGUGGCACCUACUUCCAGCCACUCAUGGGCAGUGCCUCCCUUUAUCAACAUGCUAGCACAGCCACGGUGUCUGGGGUUACUGGCCAGAACCAGAUGCCCAUGGCACCUGCCUCCUAUCCAAGUAUUUUUGAGUGGUAUAUUCCAGGAAGUGCUGAAAAGAACUCAUCUUCUCGGGAAUUUAAUCUGACUCUCACUGACCAGGACACAGCAGGUUCUUCCAUAUCUAUGACAUCCCAAUAUGACAAAACUUCUGAAGCCAAUGUCAUGAUCUGUGUGUAUCUAACACUAUAUGCCAGGCUUGUUCAGAUUCCAAAUCAGGGACAUAGCCUCUUACUUACCUACCAAGAAGGAAGCCAGCUCUAUGUCUAUGACCAAAACACUCUGGGGACUCUGCUCUGUGGAGAACAUGGCCACUGUCUGCAAUCCUAUGGCUCUAUGCCAUAUGCAGGAAGUAGUGCUGGUGCCCCUCAACCAGAAAUGGUGACAGCGCUGAAGGAAGUUCAGCCCACAAAUGUCCUACCAUCAGUCUCUAACCCUGGGAUCUACUGCUCAGUGUUCGCUCAAUCUAUUACAAAAGAAAAUUUUCAAAUGAUGGAAACUUCCAUAGGGAUGGAGGCUUCCUUGGGAUUGCAAUCUCCAAGUCAGAUAUUUUGUCUGCCACAGCCUCCGGAAUUCCUGUACACCUGCAAAAACAGAAAAAGCCAAAUAGUUGAGAAAAACUCACAAACUGAACUUGGGGACAUUUCCAUAAUAACAUCAGUCCAGAGUUCUACUAAUUUUUUCGCAUUGCCUCCAAAUCAAAGCCAGGAACAAACAGAGAUUAAGAAUUUGUGUGAGAUUAACACCAUGAUCUCAGAACCACUAAACACCUACCAGAUUGCCAUGGAGAACCAGGAUCCUCCACUACUCCCUUUAGACAUCCAUGAAAUCCACCAGCUUUUGGCCUCCAUUGGUCCUCUGGACCAAGAGGAGAAGCCACAUUCUGAAAAUAUCCAUCUAGAAAGGAAUAGCCUGAGUCUUGAGGACCAAGGCACACUUGAAAAUGGGAUUGAAUUUAGCAGUGGUUUUGUAGACCUCACUGCACUGGUGGGAGAUUUUCACCUUCCUGAGCUUUUCAGUUCCUUGAAAGACAUUGACCAACCUGAAAGUCCUACAAUAACAAAAUCCAAUGACACCAAAGCCAUCAUGGUGAAUCAGGAACAGGAAAUCACAAGUGCCUUAAAGGGUCCUAGUGACCCAGUGAGGAAGAACAAACAUAAAGCCUCAGAGUCUCCUGGUGGAACUUCUCAGGCCAAAAUGCAGCCAAGGGACCUGGAAUGUGCAUUAGGAGGAGAAGUUGCUCACAGGGAUGCAGACAGUAGUAGGGCCCCUGAGCACACAGACAAGCACUCUCACAGCAAAGCUCAGGAAGCUGCAUCCAGCAGGAACAGCAAGGCUAAGGGCCAUGGGCAGGAAAAGACCAAGAGGACCAGAGAAAACAACUCCAGGAAAGUCGAGGAGAGGAAGCAGCCAGGCAAUAAGGUCAAGGCAGGAGAGAAGCCAAAUGUGCCCAAGAUGAAGCGGAAGAGGAACCAACCUGAGCUUUGCCAAGAGACCUUCGCCAAGAGACCUCAGAGCUGUCUUGACAUGCACAUGCUGGAGUUGGUGCAGGUUUUCCACGCACUGGGGAAGAAGAAUGAUAAGAAAAUUGGGCUCUCUUCCUCCCAGGCCCUGGGAAAUUCAGGCACUACCCAAGACCCCCAUCCAUACUCAGCUAUGAAACCAUGGCUGGCGGUUAAGGGUCCUGAGAAAUCACAAAUCAAAGCCCAGAAUCCAGAUAUCAGGGCUGAAGGAGAGGGUCCCUCUCCUUCCAUUGAUGAGCCUCCACCACCUGGUAAGGUAAAAUUGGUACCUUUGCCUUUUCUGACCCUGGAGAAACCUCCACCUCGACCAGUAAUCAAUUGGAGGCCACAGUCUCUGGCUUCACGGAGACUCACUUCACGGAGACCCACUGGGGCUUACCCUGCCCAGCCUGGUCCAACUAGCUCAGCUAAACCCAUGGCAGUAAACACAUCCCAACCAGCUACUGCCAACCCAUCUUGGAUGCGUCCUGCCAAGCCAGCUCACCCCGUUUUGACUCAUGCCAUUCAGUCACGUGUGAGCGCUUCUACCCAGCCUAGUGUCCCUUGGUCUGCUGCUUCUGGGCCUGCACCCUACAAAACAUCAUCUUGUACUUCUCUUCAUUGGCAACCAGUUCCCAAUGUUGGCACUAAGCCCUAGUCACAACCACCCAAGCCUCAAAACCAAUAUCUCCUCCAAGACUUUGCCUUACAACCAAUUCCAUGGAGGAAACCCAAUGUUCCUGGGCAAGUAGUAUCAACUCCCAUCACCAAACACCAGAGGCCAGAGCGGGAAGCCAUGAAGAAGAAGGCUCAACAAGAGCGUGAGAAUGCUGCCAAGUACACUGCUUUAGUGCAGUGUUUCAUUGAGAGGGAAAGAGAGAUGGAGAUUGCUUGCUACCAUGGCUACACGAUGUAA